UCCAUUGUGUCCGUGUACAAACAGCCUCGCUCUUCAUGCUCCCUGAAAAGUGGAUAUAUAUUAAAUAUUUACGGAUUAUAAACCAGAUCAUGUUCCUGAUGAUGCAUUUCCAAGCACUGAUGCUUGCGUUGUAUACAUGUCCAGUGCUUGUGACAGCAGUUGUGACAGAAGCAAGCGACGGUUGUGGAUUUGAAGCCAUCCCAAAAGAACCUUUCAAGUUCAGGUUCCGCAUUUCGGGGAAUCAAUGGUUUUCAAAGGACUGUCCCUCCAAUCACAUUUACAACAAACACGCAUGUGGAUGUAUCCCUGAAAAUGCAGAAACUCGAGCUACUCGUGAACCAGCCUUCCCGACAGCAGUUCCAACAACGUCAGUCACAGCUAUUACAACAACGACAGCAAAACCGACAGUAACACCUGCCAAAAAUGGAACAGAAUGUACAUUGAUGGCAAAUUCCCUCAAUCCUCUGACAUACUAUCAAAUUGGCAGUACUGGAAAGACCCUAAUGCACUGCGGCGAUGGAACAAUCUUUGAAGAGAGUCCGGCAUGCACGUGUGUACAGUGGGACCGUGUCGAUCCUGGCACCGUGUCCACAUGUUACCCCCACGUCAACAUUACUGUUGUAAAUGGCAAACCGAAGGGCCUUGGGUCAAUCACGCGGCAUGAUGUCUUUGUGGAGGUGGUCAAUGUAACAAAUGAUGAUGUGGAGCUCAUCUUCAAUGGCAGAAGCCAUAUUGCCAUUACAUCUUUUAAUAACGUGGACUACGCACGAGGUCUCACAAUCAUAUUCAAUUUCGAAGAAGCAGAAACAGCCAAACCAACUGAAAGACAGGUCCUUCUAAGCAACUGCGACAAUUCAACUAAAAGCCAUUCCAUCGAAAUUGCACUGGAAGGAAAAUAUGUGAAGUUCACUAUUGAUGUUGGCGAAAAUACCUAUUUUCAGACGAAUGUGGAAUUUUUGAGGGGACCAUUCUUCAAAAGAGUUGUUGCUGUCUACGAUGGGGAACAAUUCAAAGGAUAUGUUGAUGGGAACAUCGGUUCCAUACCAUGGAAAGGAGUGAUACAAAAGCGAAGUCAUCCGCUCCUUAUUGGCAACACAGGCUGUGGUGGUAGUGUCGGUUUUAAAGGGAAAAUAAGAGGGAUGGAGAUCUAUCGAUGCGUGCCAAAAGCGUUUGAUCCCCUCGCCUGAUCCAUUAAACUGCCAUGAAGCCGUUCAGUUCAAAUGUAUUAAUCUACAAAUAAAGAUUUGGAAAUAUU